AUGGAAAACCUUCCAGAAAUUUUCCAAGCUGUGGGUGUUAUGCUAGGGAUGUUUGUCGUUAUUAUGUGUGAAGAUGUCAACGUCCGCACACAGCUCCGAGGGCAUGACCCGUCCCAGUUCCGAGAUACUAUGCUCAUGUCUCGAGGGUUUGAGGGAGGGAAUAGCCAGAACGUGACCAGCUACUCACCGCCGUCGCAACGUAAGCCGAGUCCUGGAGAAUUAUGUCUUGGAGAAGAUCACUCUCCCGCUGACGAAGAAGAAUUGCACAAAUUUCUGCAGAAUUUGAUGGGUUUCGCAGGACCCAGUGAGACAAGCGUGGAUCCUCUACCAUCUUCAUCUCCGCCGGCUGUACAUACAACCCUGAAAGGCGCUCUCGACCAUACAUAUUCUGCAUAUGAACCAUCGGAAUUAUUCGAGAUUACGCCAGAACCAGAGACGCUGUUUGACUGCAUUAUGGAGAAUGUCUUACAUAUGGACAAAGCCGCAAAGUAUAUUCGAAAACAAAAGGAACGCGGAACUUUCCGCCGAGCAGAAUAUGAGAGGUUCACUCAUUCAAAAGCGGCGACAGGAGUUGUUGGCAUGGACUUCGAAGGACUCGAGUCGGUAGAAGAUGCGCUAGAAGCAGCGCGGCUGGGAUUCACAGCCUACGAGUUGCAGGGAGAUAUAAUGCGUGCGCAGUUUGCCCAAUUCUCGCGAAAGCUCCAUGCUCAGGGGAGAUCUGUGCCAGGAAGCACAGUAUCACUUUCUAAUUGUUCAAAUUUGAGUCGUCGCAUAGAGGCACCACCUCCUUUCAAGCAGCUCCGCCUUGUUGAUGCUGCAAUAGACUGGAUUCCUCCUAGUGGGGACAUUUCUCGGCAGAUCACUUCUCUCUACCGUUACAUCUUGGAGGACAUAACGGAUCCACCACAAUGCAUACAGAAAUAUGCUAUCAGAAUCAACGGCCUUGGUGGAAGAGAUAGACGGCUGGAGAAUUUGCCAGACUCAGUCCUGUGGACACUCGUUGAUUUUGGUACAGAUGUCUUAGGAUUGGGAAACAAGGAACUGUUGCACCCAUUCAACGACGAGGUUCGGAGAUCUAGCUUUUACCUCAGCCUUGGAGCGGACGAAGAGGAAAGAGAAGGGGUUUUCUUGAGCAUGAGGCAUAAGGCGUCCGAAUGGCGGUCACGAGUAUGGAGUUUGUUACAGAGAGCUUUGACCGAAAUACGAGCAUACACCUAUGAUGAACGCGAGGGAACUUGGAUACGCACUCGUAAAAGAGCAACACGUCCAACUGUGGUAAAUCUUGAUGGAUCCGAGGCAGAAAUUGCACAAUAAUUCGGUGGUAUGAGAGUUGCAAUCGUUGUGUAUCUCAUCGUAGUGCGCUGUAGAUAUCGCUGUUUUUGAAGAUUAUUUUUUCUCCUUUGAUUGGUUUCUAUGUAGAUAAAAGACUCGU